AUGGAGAAGCUCCAGAGCGUGCCCACUGGUGGUGUGGCUGCCGCACCUGCCGGCGGAGCUGCCCCCGCUGCAGGUGACGCGCCCGCUGAGUCCAAGAAGGCCGAGCCUGAGCCCGAAGAGGAGGAGGAUGACAUGGGUUUCUCACUAUUCGACUGA